AUGGACCAAACAGCCUAUGUACUGGAGACCGCACAUCUACUAUAUGCCAGAGCAAAUUCGACGAGCACGGAUGCAAAUACGGAAGUACGACCCCCGGUAUACAAGGCGAUUGGAAUAUCAUUGGCAGUAGCGUCAGGAUGUUUUAUAGGGGUGUCCUUCGUGCUGAAGAAGAUUGGGCUAUUAAAGGCCAACGACAAAUACGAAGAGGUUGCUGGUGAAGGAUAUGGAUACCUCAAGAACGCCUUUUGGUGGACUGGUAUGACUUUGAUGAUAAUAGGGGAGAUUUGCAACUUCGUCGCAUACGCCUUCGUGGAUGCGAUUUUGGUUACGCCGUUGGGAGCCUUGUCUGUGGUUAUUACGACUGUUCUAUCUGCGAUAUUCCUCAAGGAACGACUGAGUAUGGUUGGGAAAGUUGGAUGCUUCCUAUGCAUUGUUGGAUCAGUGGUCAUUGUUAUGAAUGCCCCGUCCGAAGCAUCCGCGGCCACUAUUCAGGAGAUGCAACACUUUGUUAUUGCGCCGGGCUUUCUGAGUUUUGCUGGGGUAAUCAUCCUUGUUUGCGCCUUCCUUGCUUUUUGGGCUGGACCACGGUACGGAAAGAAGACUAUGUUGGUAUACUUGUCCAUCUGCAGUUUGAUUGGAGGUCUUAGUGUGGUGGCUACGCAAGGUCUAGGGGCUGCGAUCGUUACUCAGAUUGGUGGCACGAAGCAGUAUAACCAGUGGUUUCUCUACGUUCUCUUCGUUUUCGUCAUCACCACAUUGGUUACGGAGAUUAUCUUCCUAAAUAAAGCGCUGAAUCUAUUUAAUGCGGCACUGGUUACACCUACAUAUUAUGUCCUUUUUACGAGCUCCACGAUAAUCACUUCCGCAAUUCUUUUUAGAGGGUUCAAAGGAACGCCGACCUCCAUCAUCACCGUUGUUAUGGGAUUCUUCGUUAUUUGUUGUGGGGUCAUCCUACUUCAGCUCUCCAAAUCAGCCAAAGAUGUUCCAGACUCGGCCGUCUUCUCUGGCGAUCUCGAUCAAGUUCGUACUAUUGCCGAGCAGGAACAACCAGAAUCAGAACCCAAGGCAGAUGCCAUUCGAGGCACAGCUGCUAUCAUUCGAAGACUUUCCAAUAUGAGACCGAAGAUGGAAGCGGAGGAGGCAAAGAGAUUGCAUGAUGAGAAGCAACAGGACCUUGCACCAAUUGGAGAAGACCAGCAAUUUGUGUGGGAUGGCCUCAGAAGGCGGAGAACAACAAUGGGGACGCAAUACAGUGGUCGCUCGAGAGUAACGACGGCGAGCCCAUUCCCUGCUUUCGACCCCGAUGCACCACCACCCGUUCCCCUCCGCACAGUCGGUACAAUUCCUCGCGUGAACACCCCCGGUACCAUUCGCUCACCUCAGCUACAUCCUCCCCUUGGCAUGUCUCAGUUCCCCGCCGAAUCGGACUCUGAUGAUGAGGAGCGGCCGAUUACCAGAGGAUCUUCUGUUUUCACACGAGUCAAAUCUAUCAUGGUCCCAGGCCGAGAUCGUUCACAAAGAGGCAGUGGGCCUUCUCACGCUCAGAGCCCAAUGCAUCCCGUUCCCCUAACCGAAAUUUCCAUCCCAGGAUACGACGGGAGUAGUGGUGGUGGAGAGCCCCCUUAUUAUGGCCACGACACAGAAUACCAUGGCGCAGGUGAUGGUAGACAUAUCACAAUCCUAGAAGCAGAAUCACACCGCUCAGACAGCGGAGGAAACACCCACCUCCACCCCAACGCCGGGGCGCCCACCCCACCCCCACACUCCGCACGCCGACAGUUCUCUUUCCAAAAUGUCUUCCGAAGAGACUCGGCUCCAUCGCAAACCCACCCGCAUGGCGACGCAGAAGAACCACCAAGUCGCUCGCCUAUGAUCCGCAUGCACCAGGGCCGGAAACACAGCGGCGGCGCCUCUAUAAAAGGCGCGACGGAGGAAGAGAGGUUGGGGCUAGUAAAAGGUGAUACCGCUACGGGGCGCUUAGCAACAGUACCUUCCUACGACAGAGAAGAAGACGAGGAAUCAGAUGAAUGGCCGUCAGCAGAGAAACGACGCGAGUUAACACCGCCCAGGAGGGAGAGCCCGACGAGCGAGAAGGGGAUAGGCGAGGAUGCGUAUUACGACAGUCCAAAUAGGCGGUGGGAUACGAAGCGGGAUCCCAGUCCGCCAGGCAGGGGGGCGUUUGUAUGA